AUGGAGGUCGACGACCCCCCCUGCGGCCGACCCUCGACCGGGAACUCCGCACCUCCUCGAGUCCUCCGAACCCCCUUCGGACCCUGCCACGCCUACUCCCUUCCCUCGAAGCUCCCUGAAACGCAGAGCAGUCUCUCCACCGAACAAGCCGCCUGCCACGGCGCCGGCAGCCUUUCCGGCCUCGACGCGCGCCCUUUCCGUCCGCCAGCAGCAACAACCUCCCUCGCCGAAGCGCUUGAUUCGGUUAUCUCCUCCCUACAGGGCCGCCCACGCGAGCUCGCCAGCGCACUCGCAGCCAAGUUCAUCGCCCUAGCCCGCCGCGAUCGAGCUCCUCAGCUCCCCCGGGCCCAGUCCUGGGCCUCGAUAGCCACUCCCGCGCCCGGCCAGGAAGCGUGGCAAACCACGGCACCGAAUCAACGUGACCGAAUCCGGCAGCGGCAGCGCCAGACGAAAGAAGCCGACUCCCGCAUCUUCCUCCGACUCCCAAGCUCCUCUAGCUUACGGGAUAUUGGACCCCAUGGCGUCCGAGUCACACUAGCAUGCAAAGUCCCCGGCGAAAUCACACGAGUACAAGCUGUCCCUACAGGCUACGCUAUAUCUGCAUCUGAAGAAGGCAUGACCUUCCUCCUCUCUUCCCAGGCUAAACAGCUAGCCGGGGACGGCUACUUCGAGGCCGCGACGGAAUACCACCAGGUCGUAGUCUCCCGUAUCCCACAGCGAAUCUGGACCCCCGAUAGUGGCUGGAUGCCUACUACAGUCAGCGAUAUUAGUGCAGAGGCGGAGCGGGUAACCGGCCAAAAGCCGCUCACGACCAAGCUCUCUAACCACCAGAUCGAAGCAGACUCUGUUACAGCGGUUAUAGCUUUCCCAAGGAAGCUCCGCUACGCACUUCAGCUAUUCGGCGCCUCCGGCCUUUCUAGGCCUACUCGCCCAAAGCAACGACCGCUACAGUGUACCCGCUGCCACAGCUUCCAUGACGCGCGGGCCUGCCGCUCUAGCGAACGCUGCGUCUCCUGCGGAUCGUCCAAGCCAGAACAUACCUGCCGCGCGCAAUGCAUUAACUGCCAUGGACCGCAUGCUGCGGACUACCCAAAAUGCCCCGCUAGGCCCUACAUACAGAAAGGGGUUAUCGUCCGCCUCUCGAAAGCCGCCUUAACUGCCGUUCGCAAGGCCGGCCGGACCGCCUUCCAGCAACAACAAGUUAGACACACCCCUGACCCACGAGCGACUAACCCGGUUCGUCACUAUCAACCGUCAAGCCAACUCUCCCAGGAGCUCGCGAACCAACUCUCCCCCCAAUGCAGAUCUAUGAGAAUACUACAGGCCAAUGUCGGGAGGGGCGGCCCUGCCCACGACCUACUUCUAUCGUACGAAGCAGACGUCAUCCUAGUCCAGGAGCCCUGGACUGAUAUGACGAGGCAACUCACGAAGACGCACCCACGCUACCAGCUGUUUGGCCCUACCACCCGCUGGGAAGCUAGGCCUAGAGCUCUGACAUACGUACGCAGGGACCUCCCCGCGUUCCCCCUCCCACACCCCGAUUCACCCGAUAUCGCAGCCGUCUGCAUAUCCGGACUCACAAUAAUCAACACCUACCGCCCCCCAAAGGAUCUAGUGGUCCCAAACACAUCUAGCUCAACACCAUCUACCCUCCACACGCUCUUACAGUACUCCCCUCCGCAGAACACCAUCUUAGCCGGGGACUUCAACACUCACCACCCACUCUGGCAGCCGGAGACGGAGGCUCACAACACUACACCAGGAGCAACAGCGCUUAUAGAGUGGCUGGAGGCCAACGGACUAGCCCUUUGCAUCGAGCCCGGCACCCCUACCCGCGGGCCAAACACCAUAGACCUCGUCUUCUCGGACAUCCCCGUUGAAGCUACAGCAGAAGACCACCUCUCUUCCACGAGCGACCACGCAACUAUACUAAUAACAAUAGACUGGCAGGAACCCCCACCCCGUCGGAAGCUGGGCUCUACCGACUGGGAGAAGGCUAAGGCAUUACUCAACCUGCCGCAUAAGGACCUUCCUGUCGACGACAUAGCGGAAAAACUAGUCAACACCGUGCAAGAAGCCAUCCAAGGCGCUUCUAAAUAUAACACCCGCAGACUCCCACGUACCCCUUGGUGGACACCAGAGCUCACAGACCUACUACGACAAACACGGCAGCAGCAAGCGCCCGACUACCUGCCACUUCGGAGAGCGGUUUCCCGCGCGAAGGCCAGCUACUGGAAGGAGCGGAUCGAGCAGGCCACUUUACCCACAGACGCCUUCGCACUCGCCAGAUUGCACAGGCGCGCAGACCAGCUCUCCGCUCCCCCUCUAUAUAUCCGGAACGACCGGAUCACGACGCCACAGGGCAAGGCGGACACCUUCCUCACUCACCUCCUAGAGAAGGGAACCUCCCUCCCGCACCAGCAGGAGGAGGGGCCCCCGAAUCAGCCCCAAGAUCCAAUCCUUACCCAUAGCGUGGAGAGAGCCUUCCAGCAGAAGAAGGUGGCCUCUUUACUACUACUGGACGUGAAAGGGGCCUUUGACGCGGUUGAUCACCAGCGGCUCCUAUCACACCUACGCCUUCAGGGAUGGGACGAGGGCCUUACCUCUUGGAUACGCGACUGGCUAUCCGACCGCUCCGUUUCGGUCCAGGUCGGAGACGCUACCGCCACCGCAAAGAUAAGAGGAGGCCUCCCACAGGGGUCCCCGCUGUCCCCAGUCCUCUUCCUCCUAUAUGCGGCGAAGAUAGUCUCCUCACAAGAUAACUCCUUCUGCUACGCGGAUGACCUAGGGCUACUGUUCGUCGGGGACUCCCUUGAGGAGACAUCCCAGCAGCUAGUAGAAGUAUACAAAACGAUCACUCUAUCUGGAGCAGCAUCAGGCCUCCCAUUCUCCCUAGAGAAGACCGAGAUCCAACAUUUCUCGAAGCAGCGGAAGCUGUCCGCGCCUACGGUCACUCUACCAGGGGUAGGCGAGAUUAAGCCAUCCCCAUAUACCCGUUGGUUAGGCGUCCUACUGGACAGCAAGCUCACCUUCCGACCACACAUCAACUGGGUCUUCAGCCGGGGCAAGCGGCUCGCACUACAUCUGCGGAAGCUCAGCAACACCCAGCGAGGAUGCCCGGUUGCCUCUAUGCGAGCAGCGGUCAUUCAGUGCGUGAUACCGACAGCGUUAUACGGCGCGGAGGUGUUCUACACCGGCCAAGGGCAGAAGGGCCUCAUCGACUCCCUACGCUCCCUACUCCGGCUCGCUGCUCUAGCCAUCCUUCCAGCUUACAGAACAACCCCUACCUCAGCGCUACUCCGCGAGGCAGACCUACCCUACCCGGAAGCCCUCCUCGACGGCGUCCUCCAAAGGGCAGCAGUCCGAUACGCGAGCCUAGACGCUAGACACCCGAUCGCGAGAGUUACCAUCAAUGCAUACGAUACUAGAAGGACGAGACUCACCAGAAUCCUCCAACGCGUCCCAACGCCGGCACCGGAGAGAGCACGUGUAAAGUCACGUCUUCCACCGCUCCGCAUACUACCUACUACGGACACAAACAAGGCCGUAUACGCACCAGCACCGCUACGGUUAACGGUCUACUCGGACGGCUCACGCACUAGCCAAGGGGCUGGGUACGGGUUCGUGGUCUACUACGGCUCUAUCCCUAUCACCCAAGGGUAUGGGUCAGCUGGCUCCCAGACAGAGGUGUACGACGCCGAGAUUAUGGGCGCAGUAGAGGGCCUCCAGGCGGCUGUCAACCUACCCUGCGCAAGCUACUCCACAGGCCUUGUUAUCCUCCUCGAUAACCUCGCUGUCGCUAGCCUACUCGCGGACGGGAGACCUGCACCACACAGACGAAAACUCACAGAAUUAUUCCAAAAGCUCACUACCCAGUGGAAAUCCGCUGCCUAUAUCCUCAGCACACCCCGCACGCCCGUGGAGGUGCGCUGGAUGCCAGGCCACUCCGGGAUAGCAGGGAACGAGACUGCCGAUGAGCUAGCAAAGAGGGGCGCAGCGUUAGACGGCUCCCACAUUCCCCCUUCCCCAUCUUACCUUAUGCGCGUAGCGAAACAACAUACCCGCGCGGCAACGCGUGCUGCGUAUACCAGGGACGCACCUCAGGCAUACCAAGACCUAAAUAUUCAACCCCACACCAAGAGCAGCCGCGCUCGGGAACACAGGCUUCCCCGCGGGGUGCUCGGCCGGCUGCUAGCCGCACGGACCGGCCAUGGUGACUUCCAGGCAUACCACGAGAGGUUCCAUCACAGGGACUCCCUUACGACCUGCUCCUGCGGUAAGCCAAAAUCCCCCGUCCACUUCUUCUUCUGCCCGCCUGCGAGGAAACGCUGGAAGGAUCGAUGGAAAGGCCCAAAGGCCAGCCCAUCUGCAAUGAUAGACUGGAUACUGAGCACAGCUGCUGGGGCCGAGGAAUUCGGCCGUUUCGUGCAAGAAACGUCCUUCUUUAAGGACAUCUGCCCAAAUUGGGCACAAACAUGCGCCGCAUAG